GUUCAAUUGUAGAUGCUAAGUAUGGACGAAAAACAAGAGGAGAAGAGCGUCAGGAUGUAAAUAAACGGAUGGCUACAGCAUCCGCCAGAAUACUGAUAUCAGUGUCAAUGGGUUUAAGUGGCAUGCCGACUUAUGCUGGGACGGUGUCCUCGCUUCUCGAUUUGAUGGAAGUCCGCAAAGCCUCGUCCUCACAAGCGCGCCCAAAGUGUGAUUGCGACGGUCGACGUGUUCGGCGCGUGCUUCAUGAAAGCUCCCGAGCGCAUCCCAUACCACUGACGCUUAGUUCUUGACUACUUUGCCGAUGGCUCGUGCGAAUUGCGUGGAACCGAUAAUUGUCGAUGCUAGUAUUUCCGUGCCAUUGUACCACAAGCCAGCCUUUUUUGUAUCGGGUCUUUAGGGUGGCAUGGACCACCUGUGCUCACACAGUGAGCACGCCGCGGUUUACUG